UUUUAGUCCUAAAAAUUUUAUUCUAUAAUCGCCGACAUAAAAUCACAAACCACAGUCGUUGAUAGUACUUAGUAAAAUUAAAAAUCAUAUAAAUUGUUUAUUACUCAUCGUUGUUUAUUAAUUACGUAACGUUAUGCCAAAGGUUCCUUGUAGUUGAUCAAUUUGCGUUAGUUUGAAGCCAUGUCCAGAGUAACGUUUAUGAAUUUUAGGCGAUUAGCUAAUACAAAGGUGUGUUCAAAAAACAGGGAAUGGAAAUUCAUCAGUUUUAUGAAUGGCAAAGACAUUUUCUAUUCAACUAGUUGUCUUACAAAAAUAGCAAUAACACCCAAAUGUCUGUGUUCCAUACAUAUACGGACAUUUAUAAAUAUAUUUAAUACCGGAGAAAAUAACCAAAAAUUGUAUAGAGUAAAACAAUUGAUUGGGUAUUCUCCUGAGCAAAUGUUUGAUGUGAUACAAGACACGGAAAAUUACAAACAUUUUUUACCAUUUUGUCGAAAAUCUGUAGACCUAGUUAAAGGAAAGAAUCAUCGUAAAACUUAUUUAGAAAUCGGUAUUCCUCCUAUAAUAGAAAGUUAUGAAUCGUAUAUAACAUUUCAACGCCCUCAUAUGAUUAAAGCAGAGUGCCGUGAUGGAACAUUGUUUAAAUUUUUAAUAACUCAAUGGAAUUGUGAUCCUGGUUUAAAAGAAAAUCCAAAUACUACUAUUAUUACUUUUUUUGUGUCUUAUGAAUUUAAAUCACAAUUACAUUCAGCAGUUGCCAAUAGAUUUUUUAAUGAAUUAGUUAAGCAAAUGGAACAGGCUUUUUUUUCUGAAGCUGGUAAGAGAUAUGGUAAACCUUGUAUAAAAGCCCGAAAACUUUAACUGAAAAUUAAAGAUGUUGUUUAACGAUUCCAAAAGAAGUAACUAAUAACAGUACUUUUAUGUGAAUAACUUUGUUAAAAAUUUAGUAUUGACUCCUGUUUAUAUUUAUUUUUGAGAGGAAUAUUCAGAAAAUAAAUUAUCUAUACAUAGGUAAUUAUUAUUUAUUAAUUAGUGAAGAAAUAUAAAAAAAUAUUAAUAAUAAGAGUGGAAAUCAGUUGUGAUAUCAUUGAACUAAAAUAUUAAAAUAAAAAUGUAUUUUUUUUCAAAUGUUGUAUUUACCUUUACCAUAAUAUGAGCAACAAUAUGUAUUAUAGUUCUGUCUUGUUUUAACUUUUAACCAGUGUUAUUUUUAACAAUUUCUACUUGAUGUUGGAUGUUAUGAAAUAUUUUAUUUUUUCCAUUAGUUUUCAUAUUUAAUUUGUAAUUGUUAUUUUUAAUGUGAAAAGUAAUGAAAAAAAUUGUUAAAAUUGAUUAAAAAUCAGUGGUCCGUAACGAUUGUUUUUUAAUGAAUUAUACGUAUUAUAUGUUAUUUAUUCAUACAAAAGUAUCUAGCACCAAAUUUAGUGCAAACACUACAUGUCAAUAGAUUUUAGUGCCAUUUGAGACAGUUGAAUUAUGUGUAUCUACGUCAUAAUAAUAUCAAAAAUUGUAAUUGAGUAUUAGCUAUAAUUUGUAUGCAAGAAAUAAUAAAUCAUUAGUGACAUAAUAAAACAAUAUUAUACAUUUGAGGUGAUUUAAUAAUCCAUCUCAUAUCUUUAGUACUCGACUUUAUUAUAUUUAAUUAUAAAUUACACUAACUGUUGAUGGUACCUUCUAUCGAUAACAUUAUUAUUGAACAUAACCUACUACAGUUACCUACUAUAUAGUGCAUUAUUUUAUCAUAUUUUGUACCUAAGUAUGUAUAUAAUAUGUAUAGUACUUUAAUGUAAUUUUAUCUCUAUUUCAGUUAUUGUUAUUUAGUUUUUGUGCAUCUUUAUUAUAAUUUAAUAAAUUAAUAUCAUUGUACUAGUAACUGUUAAACUAAUAAAUUGGGCUUGGAUACUUGCA